AUGGGGAGAAUUAAGAAGGUCGCCAGCCAAAAGCAUGAGGCUACAAUCUCACCUUUUUUGCAAGAAUUCAUAACGCGCGCCACGAGCACUCCGACACCAGAACUUCCGUCUCUUCUCAACACAUUCCCUAAGCUAUGGCCGUUCCCGCGCGGUGAUCUCUACCACUGGAUCAAUGUUCUGGACCGGUUCGACGAGAUUCUGGGUUCAGUCGUUGAGAAAUAUUUCUUGAAUACCGGCCCUCAAACCCAGUCCUUUACCCGAAGUGUCCUGGAGGAAUCGUACGCGGCUGAUGAGAGCAAGAAGCCCACCGAGGGCGUUGAUGCCAAGCUAAACGCUCUGGGAUAUGGCCCAGAUGGAGAUAGAGAACUUGUGGAGGCAGUACUUGAUUUUUCUCGUCUUUUGCUCGAGAAAUGUGGCAAUCGCAGCUUGUACAGCAGCAGCGAUCGUCUGGGCGACCUGCUGAACACCACUUCACUGUCUCUACUCCAGUCUACCUUGCGGUUGUCUCUCUGCUUGGCCCAACGGUACCACUCUCGCCAGCGUGGUACCCAUCAGCAGUCCGUAUUACAAUCCCACUAUGCUCUUGAUCUCGAGAAGUUGCAGAAGAUUGCAGCGGCUUUCCCGCGUCCAGCGAUUGCUAGUAAAACGCCAUUUGCCGCAUCCCCUGCCGUUUCGGCCAAGGGCAAAGAGAGGACAAUUCAGACCAAAGUCGAUGCCAAUGAACUGGCGUCUCUCGUGCGCGACGACGAUGGCUGGGAGGAAUGGGGUGAUGUUCGAAUUCUCUACUACCCUUCGGGUUCCGAACAGACGAGAACGACCUCCGAAUUUGGUCAGACGGAGCAGGGCUCACACGUUCCGACCACGCCGACUCCAUUGCGCCGCAGUGCAACGCAUCCUACUCCCCAUCUUGCUCGGGGCUCGAAUUCAGAUGAAUCACCAGGCGCCGCUGCCGCAGGUGGGAAGGCCGAAGAAGCCACACGAGGAGGCAAAGUCUUGGAACUUUCCCAUUCAAAAGUUUCCGCUGCAAAAGUGGAAGAUAUCCUUGCGGUUAACUUGCCUCAUCUGCCCCUUGAAUCAAAAUAUGAGCUACUGCACAAGCUUCGAAUCGCCAAGGCUCUAACAACGUCGCGUGCCACUCGGGAACAGAUUCUUUCCAUCAGAGCCCUGGCAGUGACCAACCUGGCUCAUGUCCAACCGGAGACCACUUUCCAGCAAAAGGUCUUGCAAUCUGAUCUAGAGCAGCCGAAGCGUCUUCAGCUCGCUUACCAGCUAGCCGAAAUAGUUCAUCUUGGUGCUAGUGGUGACCUUCAAGUCUCGCGAUCGGUUCAAACUUUGGCGAUCCAGGCAUUGGAUGCGUUGGCUAAACACAAGGCUCGUGCUCCUGAUGUUUGUGCAGCUCUAAGUGUCAAUGUCAACCACGGAAUCCUCAUGUUCUUGACCCGUAAAAUGGUCAACGAACUGGGCCCUGACAAUGACGAUCCCGAUGAGGCUUACUAUGAUGAGUGGCGGGAUGCUCUACUGGCGCUCCUGCGCACGCUCCCAAGCUCAAGCACCCGUACUCCGGAGACACUAGUCGCAGCCGGAUUGAUACCUAUGUUUGUUGACGUCUUGAAUCUGCGCACGGAAAAGGCCCGCCGAGUCUACUCUCGCAUCAUGGAAUUCCUUGACACCUUUGUGCAUGCAGUUCGGGAUGCGCUGGGCACAUUGACAACAGCAAAGGGCUUUGACGCCAUGUCCGACCUGAUCGACUACGAGACCAAGACCGCUUUUGAAAAGGUUAAUCGGGGUGAAGGAUUCCCUGCCCAAUUCAAAAACCCCUCGGUCGAUUAUCAGAUCCCUUACUUCCAACAGCAAACUCUGCGCUGGAUGUUCCGUUUUGUCAAUCAUAUUAUGCAACAUAAUGGUGGGGGCUUCGAUCGCGUCCUACGGAAUUUGAUUGAUUCCCCUCAGCUGCUGACUUCUCUUCGCCUCGUAUUCGAGAAUGCUCGUGUGUUCGGUUCUCACGUCUGGAGCAAUGCCGUCAACAUCCUCAUCAGCUUCAUUCACAACGAGCCCACUAGCUAUGCUAUCAUCGCUGAGGCUGGCCUUAGCAAGAGCCUUCUUGCUGCCGUCAUGGGUCGUGAACUCCAGGUGCGGGAGAAGCCACCGGUCGUGGAGCCCGAAGGCCACGAAACCGAGCAAGAAUCUGCUACUCAACCGCCCAGCGCUGCUGCCGCUGCCGAGUCCGAGGAAAAGAAGAAAGACCGCGAAUACGCUAUUGUCAGACCCCAGAACACGCCUCUCGCACCUGGCAUCAUGCCCGCAGCUGAUGCUCUUGCUUGUAUUCCGGGGGCGUUCGGAGCCAUCUGCUUGAAUUCCUCUGGUCUAGAUCUUUUCCAGUCUUCUGAUGCCCUGGAAAGCUUCUUCGAGAUUUUCGAGAAUCCAGAGCAUGUCAAGUGCCUGAAAGAUGACCCAGAACUGGUUCGCCAAUUGGGCACAACCUUUGACGAGCUUGUUCGACACCACCCUGCAUUGAAGAACUCUAUCAUGUCGGCCGUCCUCGUAAUGGCCGCCCGAGUCAACAUUUUGGGUCGAGUCAAGGCAUGGCAGCAAGGCAUGGGCACCAAGAUGUGGGCCCAAGAUCCAGAUGGCAAAACAAUUCUUUCUGGAGAUAUAUUUUCCUUGUUCCGAGAAAUCGGCACGGCGGUUGAUGCAUCCAUCGAGGAUCCUGCAUCCUUUGGCGCUCCUCAGCUUAAUGGAAACCUUCUACCUAAUGGCGGCAAGCUUGUCAUUGGGCAUCUGGACCAUGUACUUCCCUCGCCGGGCCCUGACUUCGAACCUAUGGAUCAAGAUGCCCAUGGACUCACAGCUACGGAUUACUUGUUCCCAGCUCUUCGAUUCCUGGGUGCGUUCUUUGAAAACCAGCCAAAUUGUACAUCUUUCAUCUUGGCUGGCGGCGCAGAGUUCUUAUUGGAUCUCGCCACUCUUCAAAGCUUGGCAUUCGAUUUCCAUAGCACCAACGCCAAUCAAGAGAUCACUGUGCUUGUUCACAUGCUCGCGGAAACCAAGCCCCAUCUUGUGGUUCCGUCUCUCGUACGGCGCGCCCAGGCAGCAGUGGAUAAUCUUUCGGCCUUUUGGACUGCGCCUACUGGGUCGGGAUUCUUCACGGAAUUAAUCCAAUCAACUGACUCUAAGAAGCCGGCCACGACUGUUGCUGCUACGUCUGGUACAUUUUUUGUGAGGCACUUGAAUGCUGUUCUUCUUCUCACCGACGUCCUUCGUGAGGUCUUCGCGUUGCCACUGUAUCAGACGCGCCCUGGCCAGUCUACCUCCAUCUUCGGUCAGGUCAACCUCGCAGACCACUACUGUGCCCUGGUUUCCUCGUUGACCAACCUUGUUGCUUCUUGCGUGUGGGAAGGGAUCUUAUUGGAGAAAAACAUUCCUGACAAGUGGCUGAAAGCCACACAGGCCACCGCUGAAAAGCAUGGGUCUGGGAAGUCCAAGAUUGCUCCUGUUCCGGGAACCUCACAAGAUCCUUCAGCGACUCCUGGAGCUGUAUCUCAGGGUGAAGGCUCGGGUGCCCAAGAGACUGGUCAGGCUCAGCCAGACCAGGAUCAGAAAGCAGAUGAGACCGAAGUGGACGAGAAACUUCCUGCCUUCCAGAAUGCCCGUACGCUUCGCUACCUUCUGAGCGCUCUGCCGACAUCCAUCACAGGUUUCUUGCACAAUCUCGGACUUGGCAUUAUUGGCAAGAGACGUAUUGAUCCGCUCCAGAAGCAGAGGCAAAAUGCCGGUAUGGUCGCGGACGCCAUUGCUGAAGGUAUCCUUCGCCAGUUGCAGUUCAACCCUGCCAAUUCGAGCGAUAGCCCCAAGCAUCGGUUCGCAUAUCUGAUUGUCAUUCUUUCUCAUUUCUCCCACCUUCUUUAUGAAGUCUCAGUCGAGCGCCCCACUCCGAACUAUUUAACUUCGGUUCUCGUAUCAUUCAAGAAGAAGAACGGCCUCAAGGUGUUGAAAGACAUUUGCGAGAUCUUCUUGAACGACAUCAAGUCCCUUCCGUCUGCACAGUCCAUUCCCGACGAGGAUAAAGAGCUUGCUGACCGACUUGCAUCGGGAUAUGGUGGUAUUAAAAUCAUUCUCGGAUUGUUCGCUGACUUCACUGGUGGGAAAACUAUCGUGGAGUCUACCCAGACACAGACCUUAACUACUAGUCACGAACGGGACCGGGGACGCCCUGAUUACUUCCAGGUGGGCCAAUUUUUGGUUGAACUUCGCAUGGAGAUUUUGCCCAUGGCUCGAGACAUGUGGAAUUCGGACUUUGCGACUCAGUCAUCGAGUCCAAUCGUGAGAUUGUUGAUUGAUAUCAUGCGGUCCUCCUUGGAUGGUGAAUACGAGACUGGCGCAGUUCGCAAGGCGGACACCCAACCUAUCUUGGUAGAUAGCCCUAAGAAGCCGUUCGUCAUCCACACGGAACGGGCAGCUGCCUUGCUGGAUAAAGGAUACGCAGAUGUUGAAUUGAACAAAGAAGCCCUCUACCGUUGCAACAACCUGUUGGUGGCCGCCGAAGAAUACUGCAUGGCGCAGCGUUGGCUCCGAGCUCCUCCCAGGACUCCCCCAGGUCCAAAUGAUACCAAGACUGGUUUGCCCGAGCCCCCAUCUAGCAUCGACUCCCUUGACGACACUGGCCUCGGGGAUAUCCAGCCUUUCCGUGUCGGCGGUGGGCUUGAACGCUCUGCACUACACAUGAUCCUCGCCCAAGCUCAAGCGGCUCAAGUAGCUCAAACAGCUGCCGGAGGACUCGUCGGUGACGCUGACGAAGAUGAGGAUGAGGAUGAGGAUGAGGAUGCUGAUAUGCACGAUGGUUUGGCUAGAGCUCUGGACAACGUUCUCAACGACAAUGACGACAUGGAGCGCGAUGGCCGAGGCGACUCAUCGAAUCAGAACCAGCCGGAGACUCACAAUGCCGGUGCUAGCUCUUCUGAGCCUACUGAGUUAUCCCAGGCAGAACCAGUCAGACGUCGUCACAUGGUUACAGUCGAAGACUUGGAUGCAGAGAGGCAAGACAUCCGUUCAAAUCUGAUCGAUAGGGCUUUGGACAUCCUAAAUGAACACCAUGAUGUCUCUUUCGAGCUCUCAGAUCUGAUCAAUUCUGCUAUCAAAAAGCAUGGCGAGCCUGUUAAUUUCCGUCGAGACAUUGGAGAGACUCUAGUUCAGUCACUAGUCUCCUUGCAGAUGGAGGACUUCCAGACCGCUGGCAAAAAGAUUGCGGCCUACGCACAUAUUCUCGCCUUGACCAUCCAAGACCGAGACAUGUACUUUGCCACCCGUGAGGAGCUCAAGGAUUGCUUCUCGACUUUCCUUGGAUUUAUCAAACUUCCCACACCCGAGAAGGCCGAACAAGAAACUUUCCCUUGGGUUGGACAUGUCCUGCUCAUUCUCGAGAAGCUACUGUCUGAUGACUGUCAGCCCCCUGAGAUCUCCUGGACCGCGCCGAGUUUCGAUGAUCCCAAUCCCAGCGGUGACAAGCCAGCCAGUCUUGCGGAACCUCUCAUCUCCCUUGAUGAGAAAACCCACCUUUUUGAAGCUCUCGUCGAGAUUCUACCCCGAGUGGGCAAGGACGACACACUCGCACUCUCCAUGUGCCGUGUCCUUGUAACUCUCACCCGUGAGCGUAGCAUUGCAGCCCGCUUUGGUGAAAAGCGCAACCUUCAGCGUCUGUUUGUGAUGGUUAAGCAGCUUUCCAGUGCUACGAAUGACAAGCUACAAAGUGCAUUCAUGUUGAUCCUGCGUCACAUCGUCGAGGAUGAAAACACUGUCCGGCAGAUCAUGAGAAGCGAGAUUGUUGCCAACUUCGAGUCCAAGACAUCUCGCCAGAUUGAUAUCAACAGCUAUGUACGACAAAUGUAUCACCUCGUGCUAAGAGCUCCUGACAUCUUUGUGGAGGUGACAAAUGAGAAGCUACGCCUGCUCCGAUAUGACAGUCACUCGCGCUCUCAAAGUCUUGGAUUGAAGGCCGACCACUAUCGCUUGGAAAAGAAGCGAGGUCGGCUUCCCGCCCAUCUCGACGAAAGCAAGCCUGAGUCCUCCGUCACAGGCGAACCCGAUGCCUCUGAAAACAAUGACAAGAGCAAGGAGGAUAAAGGCAAGACUCCAGGCAAGGGCGCUGAACUCAAAGCCCCUAUUGUGGAAAACCCUGAUGGUGUCAUUCACUACCUUCUUUCGGAGCUUCUUUCCUACAAGGACGUUGACGACAAGGAACCUGGCCCUGACUUCUCGGAGACAGGUGACCAAUCUGACAAUCAAACUGAUGUUGAGAUGUCUGUGGACGAGCCUAACCCUUCAGUUUCAAGUACUACGGAAGCACAUACAUCUCGCACUUCUAAGAAGCCCGAAAAGCCCCAAUUUAAGGCUGACGAGCACCCUAUCUACAUUUAUCGCUGCUUGCUGCUUCAGUGCUUGACAGAACUGCUUUCCUCAUACAACCGGACCAAGAUCGAGUUCAUCAACUUCUCCCGCAAGGCAGAUCCUCUUGCUACGACGCCAUCCAAACCCCGCUCUGGCGUCCUCAAUUACUUGUUAAACGUGCUUGUUCCCCUCGGCACUAUGGAGCACGAUGAGACCUUGGUAUUCAAAAAGCGCAGCAUCACGUCCACGUGGACCAUGCAAGUACUCGUUGCGCUUUGCACCAAGACUGGCGAACUUGGCGGUGUCGGCAAGCGUCGCACUGAGCAGAAGUAUGAUGAAGAUGACACUGACCUUUCCUUUGUCCGCCGAUUUGUGCUGGAGCACGCUCUUCGGUCCUACAAAGAUGCUAUGGCCUCUACGGAGCCCCUAGAUAUCAAAUACUCCAAGCUCAUGUCUCUGGCCGAUCUCUUUGACAAGAUGCUCAGCGGGUAUUCCUUCACCAACGACGCUGGCUUCCCAACCUCAACCAGGCAGGUUGCGAAGACCAUGUUUGAGAAGAACUUCAUCCCCGCGCUUACUGCUUCAGUCGCCGAUGUCGAUUUGAACUUCCCAUCGUCCAAGCGUGUCAUAAAGUACAUUCUUCGUCCGUUAAACAAACUCACCCAGACUGCAGUGAUCCUCAGUGAGAACUCAGAUGUCAGUAUUCAAGGUGACAACGAAGAGGACGAAAUCUCGUCCGCAACAUCCGUUUCUGACAUGGAAGAUCAACGCGAAGAAACGCCCGACCUCUUCCGCCAUUCCACUCUUGGCAUGCUGGAGCCUCGCCACGACGAGGAAGAGAGCAGCACCGAAGAAUCGGAGGGCGAAGACGACGAGAUGUAUGACGAUGAGUAUGAUGAGGAAAUGGACUACGAUGAGGAUAUUGCCGAAGACGACGGUGAAGUCGUCAGCGAUGAAGAUGAUGACGGCAUGGGUCCCAUCGAAGGUCUUUCCGGCGAUGCAGUCGAAGUCAUCCUCGACGAAGAUGAAGAUGAUGACGAGGAGGAUGAAGAUGAUGAGCACGACCACUCGGACAUGCAUGAUGAUAUGUACGACGGUGAAAUCGGUGGCGACCGGGACAAUGAAAGCCUGGAAGAUGGUGAAGAUGAAUGGGAAAGCGAAGAAAUGACCGAAGACGAAGAAGAGGUCGAGAUGAUGAACCAGUUCGAAGACGAAAUGGCCGACCUCAGACAAUCCAAUCGUCACCCAGGUAGCGAUCGUCAUAUUGGCGAUAUAUUCCGGGCCCUUAAUGAGGCUACUGGUGUCAACCACGGAGAUGGCCUAGGUGGCGACAUUCAUGAAGAAAUUCUUGAUGACCUAGACGAAGAAGGCGAAGACGAAGAUGAGAUGGACGAACUCGACGAAGACAUGGACGACUUCGACGAUGAACAAGGGUCUUACGGGGACAUGGAAGAAGAAGAUGAUUUACUUGAGCCCUGGGGAUGGGAAGGCGACGAGGCUGCAAUGGCUCGGGCACAUCCCCAACCUCGCUUCCGCGGAGGCGCGCCACCCGCGUGGGCUGCCGUCACUGAAAUCAUGCCAGGUCGCUCCGGCGGCCUUGUUCCCAUCCAACAUUACCCCCGUGUCCACCGAACGCAAAUCCCGACCCGGGGAGCCGACGAUGGCACUAAUCCUCUUCUUGUCCGCACCGAUCGUCCUGAUCCCAAUGUUCCGUCUCGUGGGAGUGCUACUGAUCCUUUCGCGGAUUGGGGCCAGUCUAUGGACGCUGCAGGUGGCCGGGUCAUCGCAAUGGACAGCCCUAUCAGCUUCAUGAACGCCAUCAUGCAGGCCAUCGGCGGUCAGGCGGCGCCAGGAUUCGGCGUUGUUACUCGCCCAGAUGGUAUCCAUGUUCAUGUCGACCGACGGGCAGUCUUGCCCGGCCGCAUCCAGGAUAUGCUCGGAAUCCCCCGAGGAUCAGGCCCUCCCGCUCGCACACGCGCUGAUGAUCCACAUACUGCCGUCAAGUUUGGCCUCGCUACCACCAGAAACCGCUGGCAAGAAGAGGCUCGCAUUAUCUUCAGCAAUCAAUAUGUUGAGCGGACCCAACAAGUGAUCAAAUCUAUCUUGAGACUUCUGGUUCCCCCUGCGAUUGAGGAAGAAAAGCAGCGCCAGAAGCAAGCUGAAGAGGACCUCAAGCGCUCUCAGGCUGAAAGGGCCGAGAAGGAACGCCAAGCUGCUGAAGAAAAAGCGCGCGAGCUUAAACAAAAGCAGGAGGAAGAGGCCGCCCGACUACUGGCAGAGAAAGAACGACACGAGGCUGAGCGCCAAGCUGCUGGGGUUGAUGAGCCCAUGGAAGAUGUACAGGCAACCGAUGCCGCGGCUGAAGCCGCUGGUCCAUCUGCUCAACCCGAAGCCCAGCCUACUGAGCCUACCCGUCGCGUUCAUACAAACAUCAGGGGCCGCGAACUUGACAUCACUGGUCUAGAGAUUGAUCCUGAGUAUCUGGAGGCUCUCCCUGAGGAGCUUCGGGAGGAAGUCAUUAUGCAACAGCUUUCCGAACAAAGGCACCAAGCUGUUGCCGCAGGCGAGGAGCACACCGAAAUCAACCAAGAAUUCCUUGAGGCCCUACCCGCCGAGAUCCGUGAUGAACUGCUUCAACAAGAAGCGGCCGAUCGACGCCGGCGCGAACGUGAAGCUGCACGACGACAAGCAGGUCCUGCUGCUGCUACUUCUGGUACUCAUCCGGCAGAAGAGAUGGACGCUCACAGCUUCCUGGCCACUCUUGAUCCCUCUCUCCGCCAGGCUGUUCUGGCAGAUCAGCCUGAAGAUAUUCUCGCAACACUGGGCCCCGAAUACAUGACCGAAGCCCGCGGGUUGGGUGGUGGCCACCCACGCAUUGCCCAGUUUGGCGACAUGGCAGCCAUUGAUCACCGACAGAGAAUGGAACCUGCUGCAACCCAAUGGCCAAAGAAAGAGCGGAGACGUCAAAUCGUGCAAAUGCUCGACAAGGCUGGUGUUGCAACUCUUUUACGCCUGAUGUUCAUGCCCCUCCAUGGAAACGCUCGCCAUCAAUUGAAUGAUAUCCUACACAACGUCUGUGAGAACCGCCAGAACCGGAGUGAAGUCAUCAGUCUUCUUCUCUCUGUUCUGCAGGAUGGCAGCGUUGAUUCCACUGCAAUUGAGCGCAGCUUUUCGCAUCUUUCCCUGCGCGCUAAGGCACCGGGGGCCCAGAAAACACCCCAGGCCAACAAGCGAAGCGUCGCCCUUCAGACUGCUUCGAGCGUCAGCAGUGAAGUUACUCCGCUUAUGGUUAUCCAGCAAUGUCUAGCCACACUGUCUUUCCUUUCGCAGUUUAAUCCUCACGUGGCUUGGUUCUUCCUCACGGAACAUGACUCUGCCUCGACUGCCAAACUUAAGUCUCUGCGCAAGGGUAAAGGCAAAGAAAACCGAGCUAACAAAUUCGCUCUUAACGCACUGCUUUCUCUUCUGGAUCGAAAAUUGAUCAUGGAGAGCCCCAAUUGCAUGGAGCAACUUUCUACCCUCCUCAGCUCCAUCACGCAGCCAUUGACUGUUCUCCUUCGUCGUGAGAAGGAGCGACAAGAAGAAGAGAAGGGCAAGCAGCCUGAGCGAGCUCAAGUCGAAGAACCUACCGGACAAGCUGCCGAUUCCACCGAGGACACAUCCAUGACCGAUGCUCCUCUGCCUACUGUCGAAACAGCAGGAGCCCCCGGCCAAGAAACAGCAGAGGGCGGAGAGGCUACUUCAGCCGAGGCUGGAAAGCCUGAAGAUUCUGACAAACAAGUUGAGGAUGAGAAGCGCAAGAAACGUACGAUCGAACCUCCUGUCGUCCCUGAUCACAAUUUCCGACUGGUUGUUCACAUCCUUGCGGCUCGUGAGUGCAACGGCAAGACGUUCCGCGAUACCCUUUCCACUAUCAACAAUCUUUCUGCCAUCCCAGGAGCGCGAGACGUCAUCGGGAACGAGCUGGUUGCCCAAGCGCAGGCCCUGAGUGAUACCAUCCUUGGUGAUUUGGAGGAUCUUCUUCCCCAUAUCCAUCAGGCCAAGACUGGCACCGACAUGCAGGGACUGGCUCUUGCCAAGUUUUCCCCAGCCAGCUCAGACCAGGCGAAACUGCUACGUAUUCUGACAGCACUUGAUUAUCUGUUUGAUCCUACACGAGUGGACAAGACCAAGGGCACUGAGCCCGAAUCUGCUCCCAAGGAGGAUGUGCUGAAGCGACUCUAUGAAAGCGCCACCUUCGGUCCGCUGUGGAACAAGUUGAGCGACUGCUUGACCGUUAUUCGUCAGAAGAAGAACAUGCUGAACGUGGCUACCAUUCUCCUUCCUUUGAUCGAAGCAUUGAUGGUUGUUUGCAAGAACACCACCUUGAAGGACCAGCCGCUGUCCCGCGGCAGCCGUGAACUAUCAGUGAACAGCACCCAAGCCGACAAUGGCAUCAGCAUGGAGAAUAUCUUCUUCAAGUUCACUGAAGAACAUCGCAAGAUUCUCAACGAGCUUGUCCGCCAAAACCCUCGCCUGAUGAGCGGCACUUUCUCUUUGCUGGUCAAGAACCCCAAGGUCCUGGAAUUCGACAACAAGCGCAACUAUUUCACCCGUCGUGUCCACUCCCGUGGUGCCGAACCUCGCCACCCUCAUCCUCCUCUUCAGCUCUCCGUGCGCAGAGCUGAGGUUUUCCUUGACUCUUUCAAGUCCUUGUACUUCAAGAGCGCGGAUGAGUUAAAGUACGGCAAACUGAACGUGCGAUUCCACGGCGAAGAAGGUGUCGAUGCCGGUGGUGUCACAAGAGAAUGGUUCCAAGUCCUUGCUCGUGGCAUGUUCAACCCCAACUAUGCGUUGUUCAUUCCUGUCGCUGCCGAUCGGACUACAUUCCACCCCAACCGCCUCAGUGGUGUCAAUUCCGAGCAUCACAUGUUCUUCAAGUUCAUUGGGCGGAUCAUCGGCAAGGCUUUGUACGAGGGCCGUGUUCUCGACUGUCACUUCAGCCGAGCAGUCUACAAGAACAUCCUUGGGCGAUCCGUGUCCAUCAAGGAUAUGGAAACGCUUGACCUGGACUACUACAAAUCACUGCUGUGGAUGCUGCAGAACGAUAUCACUGAUAUCAUCACCGAGACCUUCUCCAUUGAAACUGAUGACUUCGGCGAGAAGCAGGUCAUCGAUCUGAAGCCCAAUGGUCACGAAAUUCCGGUUACGGAAGAGAACAAGGAGGAGUACGUUCAGCGCGUGGUUGAAUAUCGCCUGGUUGAGUCAGUUCGCGAACAGCUGGACAAUUUCCUCAAGGGAUUCCACGAGAUCAUUCCUCCUGAUCUGAUUUCCAUUUUCAACGAGCAGGAGUUGGAGCUCUUGAUUUCGGGUCUUCCUGAGAUCGACGUGGACGAGUGGAAGAACAACACCGAGUACCACAACUACUCUGCCUCGUCUCCGCAAAUCCAGUGGUUCUGGCGUGCGGUUCGUUCAUUCGACAAGGAGGAGCGUGCCAAGCUUCUCCAGUUCGUCACUGGAACCAGUAAGGUUCCUCUCAAUGGCUUCAAAGAGCUUGAGGGUAUGAACGGUGUGAGCAAAUUCAACAUCCAUCGCGACUAUGGCAACAAGGAUCGUCUUCCCAGUUCCCAUACCUGUUUCAACCAGCUUGAUAUUCCCGAGUAUGAGAGCUACGAAGAUCUUCGCCAGCGUCUUUACACGGCCAUGACUGCUGGCAGUGAAUACUUCGGCUUCGCCUAA